AUGGCUCGAACAUAUAUUCGUGGCCGAGAGGAGGAACGACAGGUGGCUAGUAAGAAGUUUGAGGCGGCUCCUCUAUUAGCCACGGGAAGAUCCAGCGUAGCUAGCAACCCAAGUCAGGCUCAGGGGUUGAGGAUCUCUCCGAGCAAGAAAACCAGUCCGCGGGGGUUCUCCCUCAACAAACCGCCACAGAUCCAGCUUGGGGGAGGAAAACUUAAACGACAAGGCAAGCGGGGAACUGAGGACGAACGGAAUAACAGGAAUAUGCAUGGUGAUGACCAGAGUGAGGAUUGUGGGAGCGUUGGCGAUCCUAUUGCUGUUCCACCGGAGCUGGAUGACCACCCCUCUGGCGUGCUCGCACAGACACGGCGACGUCUACUCAUCCUCGAAACAGACUCGGAUGAUGAUGCUCUGGCUGUCGACCAGGUCCCUAAGCCCACUGACACGGGCCCUGCUAAGAAAAACCCCCUCCAAAAGGAGAAGAAGCGGGCUGGUUCGACUCGUCGUCCAUCGGGGGACGUGGCAGCAGGCCGUGCAGAUCGCCCAUAUGCAGGGAGCGAGUCCAUUAAUGGCUCCGCUUCGUCCCCUCAGGUGGACAAUCCAGUCCAUCCCAACUUUAGCCUGGCCCAGCCCGAAAUAAGGGAGAAGUUAAGAAAAGCCCAGGGUAAGGCAAGGGGCGGUCAAAUUGGAUACUGGUCCGAAGAAAGGGGGUGGUGA